GUGGUUGUAAUUUCUUUUCAAGUCAGUCUUCGUAUCCGAGAAUUUGAUCUUCGUGUUUCCUACUUAGCUUAAGUGCGCCGAGAUAACCCCUUCCCUUGAAUGAAUAUCAUUCAACAUUCGUUGUGUUUGAUGUUUUUUUUUUGUUGUCCUUGUUCUUGUUGUGAGUCUCGGUUUGCUAGGUUGCCGUAUGGAUUUCUAGUAGAAGAGCAUUUUGUGUAUCCGACCUUCUUCAGCAGGCUGACGUCAGCGUGAACGUAUUGUACAUACAAGUGCUGGUUGAACAACAACAAAAGAGUGUCUUGAAAAUAAGUAAUCUUAACCCCUAUCAAGAAGAACAAACAAGAUGAACGACGUUGAUCGUGCCUUGUUCGGGGGCAAAGACCCCGAUGAUAUCAUCAUCCGGCAUCCGUUUGCGGCUCCUCGAGAUGAUGAUGGUUUUGCGGCGCCCUUGCCUAUUCCUGUUGGGAAGGCGGCAUCGCCAGCUUCGAAACCAGAGGUGACCACGAAAAGCACAGAGGCGCAACCGGCGUCCAGCAGUGGAGAUCUAUCCAAGCCAGAGUUAAGGGCCUUGAAACAUGUUCCAUCCUUGAAUUUCUUUUUCAUUUACAACAGAAUUUCUCCUCAGCAGCUGCUGUAUCUUUUUCAUGAUUUUCUUCUGCACUAGCAACAGCCACUACUUCUCUGAUAGUUUCAUGGUGUUUUGACACUGAUUUAGUUUUAGCGUAGCACGCUGUGGAUGUUGCUACAAGUCGGACGUGAAUAAAGGAAAAACGAAAUAUCUGUGUCAGUCUUUGGUUACUUUAUUGAAGAUAGUAGAAGUUGUAGGGGACGUGGAGAGUAGGAAGGUCAAGUUUUUCUUUCUGCACCUGAUACGUGUUAUUUUGUCUAAUAAUUUUGAGUGGUGACUCCGCGCCGAAAAAGACGCCAAAUGCGGAGGUGAACUCGUGGCACCUGGAGCAGGCUCCCGACAGCGAAUUUCGGCACGAGCAUACGGGGAGUGAGGUGGAUCAGGCCAAGAAAAUGCAAGAUAAUUUCGAGAAGAUGCAAGAAUCCAUGAAGUCUCACUUCGGGAAUGUGAUCUAUCACGAAGAUGGCCGUAUCGAGAACAACGAGCAGGUGCGCUACGACACUACCGGAGCCGCGAUCAACCCAGCGUUUGCCGCAAAAGCUAACAUGACGCCGAACUUAUGUCACAAGUCGACUAAAUAUGGAAAUGGAUCGAUCGCGUUCACAUCUCAACAGUCAGUUGUAGUCAUAAAAGGAUCAAUGUCCAACGUUGCUCGUUUUCAUGCUUGUACUUAAGUAAGCUUGUCCGUCGUUGCAGGCUUUUGGUUUUGUCCAUGGCAGUGUAGCUGUAGAUAUAUAUUUAUAUAAUUUGUUUUUUCGUUGGUCUUGUCUUCUCUAAUUUUGAUGUUUGCAAUCAACACUUUGCAACUUGGCGCGCCCUUGCCACCGGGGAUGAUGAUGAUGAUGAAUGACGGAGUCCUUCUAGACAGCGCAGAUAGCGGAACUUUCGGAACUCCUGCUGCUCCACCGGCUGGGCUGAAGCCUGCGUCCGCUCUUUAUGCUGAUAACCGAUCUGCGAUCGCUCCGCCGAACCGUGGCCUGGACCAACAAAUGUUUAUGUCGCAUAUGGAAUGGGCACGAACGUCGGCUAAAGGAAAAGGCAAGAAGAAAGGACCCGGAGGCGAUCCCGAUGCCCGCGUCUGGAUUGGAGGCCUGCCGGACGAUAUCACGGAGGACCGCAUGCGAGCAAAAUUUGGCCACUUUGGCAUGCUCGUAGACAUCGAUAUCAAGUACCAGCCGAUCGAAAAGGUAACUUUUACAGGUUACUUACUCGUCCUGCGGGUGCACAUGCAAGAGCCUACUCUGUAUUAGCUCCUGGUGCCAUGAGAAAAAGUACUCGGAGCUUCACUGGCAUUCCUUCUGUGUCAUUUACUUUCACGACUCUUCAUUCUAUCUUCUACUCGCGCAUGUGCUUUCUUACAAGUACAAGUAUGACAUCGCAACUUCACUGAUUUUACAGGGUGGAGGCCCUCCUUUCGCAUUCUUGCAGUAUGAGACGUUUGCCGAAGCCCAAAAAGUCAUCGAGGAAAUGGAUCAGCUUCGUGUUUUUGACGAAAAGAACAGGAUUAAGGUACUAUUGCUCCGCUCCUUCUAUUUUUCAAUUUCAUGCAGCAUGUUUCUUUUCGUCUGUAAUGUUGACGAAGAAAAAAAAAAUCUAUCCUGGGACACUGUGUUGUACCUUAUAGAUAUACUUUUAAUCUGAACAAUCAAUGCAAAGAGUAGUUUGAGUCUUUCUCUUUGACUAGCACUCCCUGACAAAAUAUGUCAUUCCUGAAAGUCAUACAUCCUAAGGUUUGUGGAUGUUCCGCUGCGGCGAAAGCGGCAGCACGUCAACGAACUUUGGAGCGCAACGCCUGGGAAGCGAAGGAACGCGCAAGGGAAAAGGGGCUUGGACAGCUGGAAGGCGAGGACGGUAAGGUGAUUGAGGAUGACCUAGAUUUCAAAGGUAAAAAAGGUGGAGGAAAGGGAGACGGCAAGGGCAAGGGCAAAGCCCCCAGAAAAGGAGAUGGAGUCUUUGCAUCCGGGGCGGACGGGAAGAAGACGGCGGCUGAUCUCGAGGCAGAACGCGUCGCUGCGCGCUGGAAGCUGCUCUGGGAGAAGGAGAAGAAACAAAAGGCAGAGGAGGAGGCGUUCAAGAGGAAGGAACGCAGAAGAGAACUGGGUCUGCCGUCCACGACCCCCCCGCGACGCCCGCGCAGUCCGCGGCGCAGCCGCUCCCGUGGACGGCGCGACGACCGCAGGGAUGACCGCGGCCGCGAUCGUCGCGACUACGAUCGGGACCGUCGUUAUGACGACCGUCGUGACGACCGAGAUCGCAAUGAUAGAGACCGUCGUGACCGUGGCAGCGAUGAUUAUCGUGGUGACCGUGAACGCCGAGGUGGUGGUGAUGAUGAUCACCGAAGGGACCGUGAUCGCGAAAUGAGGCAUCGGGACGACGGCGAGCAACGUGGUCGGGACCGAGGCCGAGACCAGGAUGGCGGCGGAGACCGGGAACGGACACGUGAUCGAGGAGAUCAUCACGAUGACAGACAUGAUGACAGGGUCGUGCUCAAGGAGAACCGCCGAGGUGGUGACGACGAAGGUCGGGGCGAUCGUGGUCGGGAACGGGAGCGCCGCAGAGGCGCUGAGGACCUGGAGUAA